AUGUACGGACCAUAUCCGUACCCACCAGAGGUUGCUGAGAUGCUGCAAGCUGGAAGUUAUCCGUUUGCGAUGAUGAAUCGCGGAAUGCCACCACCACCACAAUGGAACGGCUAUCCAGUGAUACAUCCAUACGAGCUGCAUCAGAUGCUUCGACAGUUUCAACAAAUGGGAAUGGGCCAUUACCAACACGACAGCCCACCACAGCUUCGUAAAUUGUUCAUAGGAGGUCUGAGCCAUGAGACAACAGAUGAACAGCUCGGCAACUACUUCUCGCAAUGGGGACAUGUUGUCGACGCGAUCGUCAUCCGGGACCCAAACACCAAGACAUCCCGUGGCUUCGGAUUCGUCACUUUUCAUUCAAUCUUCAGCGCAGAAGCCGCAAUGAAUGACAGACCACAUAAGCUUGGAGGAAAGACGGUAGACUCAAAAAGAGCCAUUCCACGUGAGCAGAUGUCCUCCAUGAUUCCACCACCAUUCUUCGAAACAGAUCCUUCUCCAGGAUGCAAACUUCUUCUGAGUGGAAUCACCAGUGGAGUCCAUUCUGUUGACUCUCUGCGCGUCUAUUUUGAGACUUUCGGAACCCUUGACCAAGUUGAAAUCUUGGGACAACCACGUGGCCUCGGAUUUGUGAUCUACGAGGAUAAGGAGUCAGCCGACCGUUGUCUACAACACAACGGUGGUCGUCAUAUUGUGAAUGAGCGCAAGAUUGAAGUGCGAGUUUUCACCAAACAUCCUAAUGGCAGCACCUACUGGAAACGUCCACAACAAGGACACCAUCAUUCGUCCCGUGAGCUCUACGAGCAACUCUCAAAUCUCAACUUGAAGGACGGCGAUCGAAAAAGCACAGGAAACAGCAGCUCGGCUGCUGAUACGCCGCAAAAUUUUGAUGAGGAUAGCAAUUACGGAGGGACCACCACUGAGGAUGAUUGCAAUACUUUCGAGCAUGAGGAAGGCUCUUCUGAAGAUAGCUCCAAUGAACAACCCACCGGAGAAGAUAAAGCCGAGAAGGCCAACUAA